UUUUUAAUCUUUUUAACAUUAAUGAAGUUGCGCUCAUUUAAAGACUAUUUUUAUUUACUUAAUAAAUAUAUAAAAUGACGUUUUUUUGUGUUAAAAAUAGCAUCAACUGUGAAGCACAUGUGGAGUAACAUACAAAAGUCUGAGAGAGGAAAUGACGGUCAGAUGUGAGUAGAGAAACUUCCUGGAAACUUAAUGCAGCAUGAAAAAAAAAAGAAAUGUAUAAAAGGAGAAGAAAGAAGUAAAGAGUUAGAGCAUGACAAUAACUGUGCACAGUUCAGUUUGAGAAACGAGCAGAAGAAAAAGUGUGUUUUUGAGUGAAGAAGGUUCAUCCAGUGGAGGAAAAGAUCUGCUGCAGAAAAUGUUUCCUGUCAAAUUGCUGACUCUCAUCUUGGUCGUCACAGCUCAGUAUGGGACUGUAACCUGUUCCAAAACUACUCAAUCAAAAAAACAAACCACGGGUAAUGUGACAGAUUUGUUGGGGUCUAAAGCUCAGAAUGGGACUGCAAUCUGUUUCAAUACUACUCAACUAAAAAACCUAACCAUGAGUAAUAUUACAGGGUCUAAAGCUCAGAAUGGGACGGUAAUCUGUCCGACUACUACAGCAACUAUUACUCAAUCAAAAAGCCAUCCCACGGGUAAUGUGACAGCGUCUACAACGGUCAACAGCUCGGUCAACAAUAGUUCUGAAGAUUUAUUUAAAAAUGUGAUGGAAAGUAUCCAGGAACUGCCAGGCAUGAUUUUAUUUGGGACUGGGUUUCUGAUGGGAAUCAUUCUCACGGCAGUGAUCACCUGCAUCACCAACGCUUGUCAAAGAGGCAAGAAGAGAAGAUCAUCCUAUCGGUUGGGAGACGUGGAAAUGAAUACUCAAGCCUCAACAAAGGCGGAUGGAGACGCAGUCCAGGAUGGAGCGGCAGCAGACGGAGAGGUCGGAUCUGCUGGACAGUUGUUACUCAAUGGGGACGGGGCACCGAAAGAAGCAGAGUACUCUGAUCUAGACUUCUCCGCGGCAAAAAACAGGAAGGUCGCAGAGGUCAGGACAAUCCCAGAGACUGAAUACGCUGAGAUUAAAAUAGAAAACCAAGCAGAGAAUGCUGAAGUGGAUGGCGAAAUAUUGGAGAGUAACCACGAAACACUGAGAGAAGACGAAAAUGGAGAGGAAAUGUUUUGCGUGCCCCCUCAAGAGAUAGCCUCAGAAGACUUUUCCGGAGAGUUCUCUGGACAGAUUACUGAUGAGACCUAAACUCUACCUGCUAAUGGAGUAAUAUUGAAAAAAAAAGCUUUUAUUUUACACAUGUACUAUAUGCAUUGAGUGUUUAUGAGAACUGGACUGAAUUACCCCUCCCCUCUUGCAUUCUAAACAGGAAGUAUCCACUGACUCCAAGAAGCCAAAAUCCCAUAGUCUUCUAUAGAGAAAUAAACAUCUAUUACUCAGUCAUCAAAUUUUUCAGAAUAACCAUUUUCACUGUGCUACAUGAUUUAACAUCUUCUCUACUUUUUUUCAUUAUAAUAUUUUCAUAGUGCAAGGUACUUGAGUCCUAAACUGGUCCAUCAGGUGCCUUAAGUAUGUGGCACCCGCUGUCUACGUCAAAUAUUAGUAACAUCUGACAGAUUUCAUGUUAUCUCAUCCAUUUUGAAAUGAUAGAGGUGUGGACUUUCAACAAGCUAACUUUUUAUUAGUGGUUGCCAUAGAAACACUCACUCAUACCAACUUGGACCAAUCACUGUGAACUGAUGUCAUCUGGAUCCAAUAGGCGGCGUCAUUCAUAUAUAUACAUUUUUCGGUGACAAAAUGUAGUUUUAUUUGUGGAAACAGGAAGUAGGUCAUUUUCUUUGGGUGAUGUCACACUCUCGGUCCAGUUCU